AACAAGUUCCCACCGCCUCUCCACGCCCAUGCAUCUUUUCGUCUAGCACCCACAAAUCAACCAUGCCAAGAACUCAUGCCACCGCUUCAAGCAUAUCCGUACCGACAAGCUUGGUCUCAGGCCUUCGCUCGUUAAUAGGCAGCUUCACCAGCUCGUCCGCUCCUCUACUCCCCUUCAUCCCCAAGCCUCUCAAGCUUAUUCUUCUUCUUCUAUUUCUUUCGCAUUCCCCUUCAUGGCCGUUUGUCUGGCAUGUCCGUGUAUGGUGGCACGGCGUCAAAGCAUAUUACCUUGCAUGGCACAAGGGGCGAGCCAAGUACCUUGCUGACUGGAAAGCCCAAAAUGAUAAAAAUGGAGGUAUCAGAAGUCUGCGUGUGCGACAUAAGAGGAUUGCCGGGGUCGACGACUGCGAUUACAACAUGCAUUUGAGCAACUCGUCCUAUGCCAAGAAUUCGGAUGCUUUGAAGAUGGAUUGGUGUAUUAAAGCCCUUUCACCCUCUUUUACUGCUCGUGGAACGUAUAUGGCUCUUGGAGCCACACAUUACGUCUUCUUCAAGGAGAUACCCAUCGGAUCAGAGUACACAAUGGAGGCCUACUGUUUGGGUUGGGAUGAGAAAUGGAUGUAUCUCGCUUGUGAAUUCAUUCUUUAUCCCAAGAAGACGUCCAAAGCAGGGGCUGCAAAAAACAAAGUGGCGGCUGGUGUCGUAUCCUCAGCUCCUCACAUCGUGCCCACUAUCUCUGCCCCUCCCACUCGCACUGCUAGCCCUAACUCCAGUGCCUCCGUCUCCGGCACUGUUACUCCGGCGCAAGGCUCACCCUUGGGAAACAAGGUCGAAGAGAUCAAGCGUGCAUGGCUGGCCAGGCGAAAGGAAAAUCCAAGGGAAGAUGGCGGCGUAACGUGCUGCUUGAGUGUCAGCGAAUACUGCUUCAAGAUCGACCGAGUCACUAUCCCUCCCCGAAUCUCUCUGUACACAUCUCUCCAAUCCCCUUCCAAAGAGCAUCAAGCUCGCGCCCGGGCCAUGCUCAUGUCCAAAGACGGUGGCCGAGCUUUUCUUCGAGGAGGAUGGAGGGAAGAGCCCAACUCGGAGUUACUGGGCGCUGACAUCGGCCUGUUUGAAGGCGAAGAAUUUCAAGACAGCUGGGUCAAGAGGGCUGCUGAGAGUAUGGAAAAAGUUGUUGACGGCAUGAGUGCCUUUUAAAACCUUUGUUGCUUUGGCGAGUUAUCUUAUUAGACUUGAUAGAUGAAAUCGUAUAUCAUUCAUAUGCAGCAGAUGCACGUUAACGUGGCAAAAUGUAUAUCC